AUGUCUCUUUGUGCUAAAAUUGCACCCCACUUCAAUUCCACACCCCUCUCUCAUCAUCAGUUUCUGUUACAACGCUUCAAUUGCUUCUCCCAAAGAAAAUGCGGUACCUUUUUCAUCCACAAUCACUUUUCUGAGCUUAACAAUAAUACCCAUUUGUGUCUCACCUUCAAUACAAGGCUUUGCUCAACUAACACCAAUGGCAAUGUAAGUCAGACGUACGAGCUAUCAGAUUCAAGCAGCCAUGAAGGUUCAGAAGAAAGCAAAGAGAGUAAGAAAGGAAAGUCACUAUCAAUCAAUGAGAUCAUGAAGAAACUGAAGAGAUAUGGAGUUUCUGGAAUCCUAUCCUAUGGACUUUUAAACACGGCAUACUAUCUGACAACAUUUCUUUUUGUGUGGUUUUAUAUUGCUCCGGCACCGGGAAAGAUGGGUUAUCGUCCAGCUGUAGAAAGAUUUCUCAAACUGUUGGCGAUGGUUUGGGCCGGUAGUCAAGUCACUAAGCUUCUAAGAGCCGCCGGAGCAUUGGCACUAGCACCUUUUGUUGACAGAGGAUUAACCUGGUUUACUAAUAAGUUUAAAUUUCAAUCACAAGGGAAGGCUUUCGCGGCAAUAGUUGGAUUCUGUUUUGGAUUGGCCCUCGUUGUAUUUUUGGUCAUCACACUACUUUGGGCCUGA